UUGUAUAGUUUUUGUGCAUUACUGUUUAACCUUGUUUUAUUCCUUUUUUAGGGAUUCGUGCCUGGUCUGUUUGGAACUUCACAUGGAGCACUUCAGUUCAUGGCAUAUGAGGAUUUGAAAGAGAGAUACAACAAGUAUAGAAACAGAGUAUCAGAUGCAAAAUUGAACACUGUGGAAUACAUAAUGAUGGCAGCUGUAUCCAAAAUAUUUGCUGUGUCAGCAACAUAUCCCUAUCAAGUUGUGCGAGCUCGUCUUCAAGAUCAGCAUAACACGUACUCUGGUGUGUUUGAUGUGAUCCGCAGGACAUGGAGGAAAGAAGGAGUUCAUGGAUUUUACAAAGGAAUUAUCCCCAAUGUGAUCAGAGUGACUCCUGCCUGCUGUAUUACCUUUGUUGUUUAUGAAAAUGUGUCUGGCUUUUUGCUUGGUUUUAGAAAAGAAAAUAAUUAAAGGUAUGAACUUGUGUCCAUAAGGAAUCUAUCCUUUAUUUUUUUAUAUUUAUGAUCUGGGUGGAAUUUAGUUCAGCAGUCUUUUUUGACACUGUGAGUUGAUCUGGUAUUUUGAGGAAAGAAUGUAGAGACAGUAUAACUCUGCCAACAUCUCUUCUACUGAAUGUUCCUGCGUUGCUGCUUUCCUCUUUGAAUCAGCUGUGUCUACUUGAAACAGAUGUCUGCAACUGUGAAAUCCUAGCACUGUGGCUGGGUGAAGGCAGCUGUGCAGC